AUGUCAUUAAUACACCCAAAUACAGAAAAAUAUCCAUUUCGUUUUGAACCAUUUUUACAACAAGAAUAUAGUUUUAAUGGAGAUCCCGAUCGUCCCAUAUGCGAGGAUUAUGAUCCAAAGAUAGGAUCCACAUCCUGUCCACUUGGAAUACAGUGCCCAAAGAAACAUGUGUUACUAAACUUCAAGAACAAGAUUGUGUGUAAACAUUGGCUACGAGGGUUGUGCAAGAAGGGUGAUCAAUGUGAAUACUUACAUGAAUAUAAUCUCCGAAAGAUGCCUGAAUGUGUGUAUUAUGCAAAAAAUGGGUAUUGUACACAAUCACCUGAAUGUCAAUAUUUACAUGUGGACCCACAAUCGAAGAUACCAAGAUGUCCAUACUAUGAUUUAGGGUUUUGCAAGGAGGGUCCACAAUGCCCUAAGAGACACGUGAAAAAGGAGAAUGUUUGUCAAUUAUAUUUAAACGGAUUUUGUCCCAAGGGUCCUCAAUGCGACGAAUCACACGCAUUGUUCUAUGAUAACGUAUUAUUGGAUUCGGUAAUCCAACAGAGAGUCACCAUACGUAAGGACUAUGAGAUCAAUACAAGAAAGAUGGAUGAGGCCAUUGAACGGAGAUUAAAUGCAAUAGUGAAUGGUGAAAUAUAA